AUGGUGAUAGAGGCAGAGGCCAAAACUGGCAAUGUACGGAGUAAAGGUAUAUUUAACAAUACGACCGGCUUUAGUACUCUAAUCACGGUCACAGUUUUGUUACUGGCUUGGUUGGCCGGUUUUGCAUCCCGGCUUUUCGCUGUAAUACGGUUUGAAAGUAUCAUUCAUGAAUUCGAUCCUUGGUUUAACUAUAGAUCUACAGCGUAUAUGGUACAACAUGGAUUUUACAAUUUUUUAAAUUGGUUUGAUGAGAGAGCAUGGUACCCUUUGGGACGUAUCGUAGGGGGCACUGUUUACCCUGGUCUUAUGAUCACAUCAGGGACCAUACAUUGGAUACUGCAUACACUUAAUAUACCUGUUCAUAUAAGAGAUAUAUGUGUAUUUCUUGCACCCGUAUUCAGUGGUUUAACAGCUAUAGCCACUUAUCUGUUAACUUCGGAGCUAUGGUCUCGUGGAGCUGGUCUCUUUGCAGCAUGCUUUAUAGCAAUAAUACCCGGCUACAGCAGUAGGUCUGUAGCGGGGAGUUAUGACAAUGAGGGUAUUGCCAUAUUUGCUCUACAGUUCACUUAUUAUUUGUGGUUGAAGAGUAUAAAAACUGGAUCCGUCUUCUGGUCAAUUUGUACAGCUCUGUCAUACUUCUACAUGGUCUCAGCGUGGGGUGGUUAUGUGUUCAUCAUCAACUUGAUACCCCUACAUGUGUUUGUACUACUCAUUAUGGGAAGAUUCUCACAAAGACUGUUUGUAAGCUACACAGUCUUCUAUAUCAUAGGUCUCUUGCUGUCUAUGCAGAUUCCAUUUGUUGGAUUCCAGCCAAUCCGCACAAGUGAACAUAUGGCUGCUUCAGGUGUAUUUGCACUUUUAAUGGCCAUUGGAGCUCUGAAGUAUUUACACAGUCUAAAUCCAAAAGGACAAUGGAAACAGUUGCUAAUCUUGGGAGGUUUGAUCGCCGCUGGUACGGUAUUCCUUGCCGUGGUUCUGCUUACAUAUAUGGGAGUAAUCGCUCCGUGGAGUGGAAGAUUCUACUCCCUGUGGGACACUGGUUACGCUAAGAUCCAUAUUCCAAUCAUAGCGUCUGUGUCGGAACAUCAGCCGACUACAUGGUCAUCAUUUUUCUUUGACCUCCAUGUACUUGUAUGUACAUUCCCUGUGGGACUUUGGUAUUGCAUAAAAAAUAUUAAUGAUGAGAGAGUCUUUGUGGCACUAUAUGCUCUAAGUGCUGUUUACUUUGCUGGUGUGAUGGUCCGACUCAUGUUAACAUUAACACCAGUGGUGUGUGUUCUGGCUGGAAUCGCCUUCUCCAUAUUACUUGAAUUGGUUCUCAAGGAGGAUGAAGAUCAGAUUGCGCCUGUCGAGACAGAAGACUCCAAAAAUUUGUAUGAUAAGGCUGGUAAACCAAAGAAGCGUACACACGAACCAUCACUACCAUUGGAGUCCGGUCUGGGCAUGAAUGUUCGUUCAGGGACGCUUAUAGUUUUCAUGAUCCUCUUGAUGCUGUUCUCCGUACACUGCACUUGGGCCACUUCUAAUGCCUACUCGAGUCCUAGUAUUGUAUUGGCCAGUUAUGGUAAUGAUGGUUCCCGCAAAAUUCUAGAUGACUUCAGGGAAGCUUAUGGCUGGCUGUCACAGAACACAGCGGAAGAUGCUAGGGUAAUGUCCUGGUGGGAUUAUGGUUAUCAGAUCGCUGGCAUGGGUAAUAGAACAACACUAGUAGAUAACAAUACUUGGAAUAACUCCCACAUAGCUCUAGUUGGUAAGGCGAUGGCUAGUAACGAGAGCGCUGCGUACGAUAUAAUGACUAUGUUGGAUGUGGACUAUGUACUUAUUAUAUUUGGAGGGGCUAUCGGUUAUUCUGGAGACGAUAUCAAUAAGUUUAUCUGGAUGGUUCGGAUCGCAGAGGGUGAACAUCCUAAGGACAUCCAUGAAGCAGACUAUUUCACAGAAAGAGGAGAAUAUAGAAUAGACUCUGAAGCUUCUAAAACAAUGUUAAAUUGUCUCAUGUACAAACUAUCAUAUUAUAGGUACGACGGCGGCGGCAGCCCGGCGGGCUACGACCGCACGCGCGGCGCGCUGCCCGGCAACCGCGGCUUCCGGCUCACGCACCUGGAGGAGGCCUACACCUCGGAGCACUGGCUCGUGCGCAUCUACAGAGUAAAGAAGCCCGAUGAGUUUAAUCGACCGAGGCUGCCGCUGUCUAAGCGUAAAAUAGUAACCAGCAAUAAUUUAUCGAAGAAGCUUGCUUACGACCUAGGACCAAUGACAUCAAAGAGAAGAAAAGGGUUGAUAAAGAACAAGCCCACCCUUGUGAAGGGCAAGAAAGUGACAAAACUGGAGUGACGCAGAUAAAUCGCCUGCAUCAGUGGUAACGAUGUUACUUAGCUAUGUUCCACAGAUAAAAAAUAAAUAAGACAGUCUCAUUGUUUUUAAACUAUUUAAUUAACUAUCUGCACAAUAAGAUCGACUACCAUUAUUGAAUCUAAGAACUUAAAUUUCAAAGUAACAAUAUUUUGUUGUAGUUCAUAUAUUUAACGUGAUUGUUGAGUUUCUAAAGUAUAUUUUUUACAAAUCUCAUUAUUAAUAAUGCAUCGCAGAUAUAAAGAAAAAGUUUUAUUUUCCGACAUGUUUUGUUUAUAUUAUUAUAAUUUGAGUAAACAUUGCAUUUGGCAUUGUCAAAAAAAUCUGUAUUUUUGUUUUGAAAAAUGAAUAAUGUAGCGCGUAACCACUGAUGCGAAUAUUUGAUCUACGACUGACACCAAUUCUUUAUAAUCAUGUAGACAAUUAGACUAAAGAUGUUUCUUAAAUUUUAGAUAAAUAUGUUUUAACUUAUUUUAGCACCGAUUACAUGGAUACUGGCACAA